AUGUCAUCAACUAACUCUCAAUUAGCAGAAAAAAACCUAAUGUAUAUAAAUCAUGUUCGUACAACUCAAUUAAACUCAAACGAAACAGAUAUGAGCGAGCAGUAUACAUCUAGUGAACCACCACAACAACAACACUAUACUCAAGCCACAACAGAUUACGAUCAAUAUAACAUACAACAGAAAAAUGAUCUUCUUCGUUCAUUAGCACAGAAUCCACAUAUGUUAAAUGACUUCUAUCAAUUUCUGGAAUUUACCCGUACUCGUAGUUUACAACAAUCCUUUCCACCAAUAUUUAAUAGUUGUAUGAAUCAAGAUCAACAUCAGAUUCCAUCGCUGUUAAAUUUUAAAAAAGAUUAUACAGCGUUAGUAACGACAGAAAAAUGGCCAAUGUCAGUUAAAAAUAUACCAGUCAAAAUUACUAAGCCAAGUUAUAUUACUGAUUGUUUUGCCUUAGUUGUUCGAUAUGUUCCUCGCGAAUUAGAAAUUGAAACAGUUAAAGAAGAAAUCAAUCGCACUAUUACAUCAGCAGAUAAUAUUAAACAAAUCCAUUAUGCAUAUGAACGAAGAUCUAAUGACUUUCGAUUUAUAGUAACAGACUUAAAAGAAUAUAACAGUGCUGUUGAGCUUGGUCGUAAUGCAAUUUGCAAUCACUGGCUAUCAAUUACCCCGUUUCUAUCUGGAAAUUGUAUGAACUAUUGUACUAAAUGUUGGAGAAUAAGCCAUGUACGUGAUCAAUGUAAAACAAAUAUACAACGAUGUCGAGUUUGCCUAGAAAACAGAACAAGAAAAGAGGACCACAAAUGCACGAAUGUAGCAAAAUGUGAUGGUGAACACCAUUCAUUGUGUAGUCCAUGUCAUGUCAUUCGACAAUAUCGUGCUGAUUUAAAAGAAAAUGUUACAAAAGCUGUAGAAUCUGAUGCAGAACUGCAUCAAACAACAAUAGAUAAAUUGAUCAACAAUAUACAAUCACUCAUUGAACAUAUUCUAUGGCCUGUAACAGGUCAAAUAAAGCCGGAAUUACUUCAAUCCCCAAAAGGUCUUCAAUCCAUUCUUACUAAAAUGGAAAAUCUCCAGUUAUCCUUACGUGACGACUAUAAAAUUAGACGAAAACGUGCAGAAUCACCACUGCCCAUUGCCGAGAAAUCAACUGCAUCGAAAGAAAAAAACACUAAAGCCUCAUCAAGUACCAAACAAUCGUAA